ACUCUAGAGUGGUAGGUAGUUGACAAUAUAAAUGUCUCCUUCCCCACAUUCUUUCUCACUCCGCGUAACCUACCUUCUACGCAAUCAACCAUGGGACACCAAUCCAAACCUCAACCUCUUUGGGAAGGCAAACUCACCGUCCAGCUAACAACCAUCUCUCCCGAACAAGCAUGGCCAGCUUUAGAGGAUUUCUGUAACCUCCACAAAUGGAUCCCAAUAAAUACAUGUUACCACGUUGAAGGUGUUCAAGGACAACCCGGUUUAGUUCGAUACUGUUCCUCAACCGUAAAAGCGGUUGUUGAGGAUGCUGUGUCGGAGUCUGAGACGACAGUUAAGUGGGCGAAAGAGAAGCUGUUGAUGAUGGAUCCUGUACAACGUUGUUUGUCGUAUGAAGUUGUUGAGAACAACAUGGGACUUGAGUCUUAUGUGGCGACACUGAAAGUGGUUUCGGUGGAGGGUGAUGGUGAAAGUGUUGGGUGUUUGAUUGAGUGGGGGUUUGUUUGUGAUCCGGUGGAAGGUGGGAGUUUGGAAGAUUUUGAGUCUUAUCUUGAGUACUGUCUUCGCUUCAUGGCUAAGAAGAUUGAGGUUGAAUGCUCUGGAACUGCUGAUGUUAGAACUUAGAAUAAAUUGGUUUUUUUUGUGUGUGUGUUUUAUUGUCAUCGUUUUGUGUGAUGUAAUAUAAUAAACUUAAGCUCUUUACUUUUUUUUAUGUCUCGGAUCACUUUUGAGCCGUUAGAAAGUUAUCUUGAGAAAUUAAAAAUAAUUUUGUUAUUGUUGCUGCAGUAUCCAAAACUUAAGGUGUAAUGUGUAGGGUAUGUUUGUUUUAAGUGAA